CGUUCCGGCUCUGCAAUGGCCGCUGUUCGAAUCGUGUUCCUGUUCCUCCUCCUGGGUGGUCUCCCCCUGUCGUGUCCCCUGUCCGAGAAGGAGGCCCUCCUCAAGCUGAAGCAAUCCUUCACCCAUUCCGGAUCCCUCAACUCAUGGAACCCGGACUCAGUCCCCUGCUCGGCUCGAUGGACUGGCAUCAUCUGCAACAAGGGCGUCAUCACCGGCCUACAUCUCUCCGGCCUCCAACUCUCCGGCACCAUUGACGUGGAAGCUCUCAUCCAGCUUCCCAGCCUGAGAACCAUCAGCUUAAUCGACAACAAAUUCACCGGCCCCAUUCCGGAGUUCAACAAAAUCGGGGUACUCAAGGCGCUCCUCCUCACCCGGAACCAAUUCUUCGGGGAUAUCCCCGACGAUUUCUUUUCAACCCUCACCUCCCUCAAGAAGGUAUAUCUCUCCUCCAACAACUUCUCCGGGAACAUUCCAAAUUCUCUGGCCCAACUCUCCCAUCUCCUCGAACUCCACCUCGACAGAAACCAAUUCUCCGGCCCUGUCCCCCACCUCAAAUACGCCUCCAUUAUAACCUCCCUCGAUUUCUCCAACAACAACCUCCAGGGCCAAAUACCCGACAGCCUCUCCAAAUUCGACGCAAAGGCAUUCGCCGGAAAUGAAGGCCUCUGCGGGAACCCACUCCCCAAAUCCUGCGAAGACAAUGCUUCUCCUCCUGGGGAGUCCCAAGCCAACAUCUCCAAGUUGGUAGUGGCUUCAUUGAUUGCCGUGGUUGUGUUUCUGAUGGUGUUUAUAUUUCUGAGCGCGUCGAAGCGCAGAGAGGACGAGUUCAGCAUGCUGGGGAGGGAUCGGGAGGAGGUGGUGGAGGUGCACGUUCCUGGUUCAGCCCAGGAUAGGCAGUCGAUUAGGAGAGGAGGUGGGGACUCCAGGAGAGGCUCCAAACAGGGGAAGGCAGGGAUGAGCGAUCUUGUGGUGAUCAACGACGAGAAGGGUACGUUUGGGUUGGCGGAUUUGAUGAAGGCGGCAGCGGAGGUGCUGGGGAAUGGCGGGUUGGGGUCGGCGUACAAGGCGGUCAUGGCGAACGGGCUGUCAGUGGUGGUGAAGAGAAUGAGAGAAAUGAACAAAAUAGGGAAGGAUGGGUUCGAUGCGGAGAUGAGGCGGCUGGGAAGACUGCGCCAUCAGAACAUACUAACGCCUUUGGCGUAUCAUUAUAGGAGAGAGGAGAAGCUGGUGGUGUCAGAGUACGUUCCAAAGGGCAGCCUGUUGUACGUGUUGCACGGUGACCGUGGAGCCUGCCAUGCUGACCUUGACUGGGAGACCCGGCUAAUAAUUGUGAAGGGGAUUGCAAGUGGUCUGGGGUUCCUCCAUUCGGAAUUCGCGACCUACGAUCUGCCGCAUGGGAAUCUGAAAUCCAGCAACGUUCUUCUAUGCGACGACUACGAGCCACUUCUGAGCGACUACGCGUUUCAUCCGCUCAUCAAUCCCAGCAAUGCGAGCCAGGCAAUGUUCGCCUACAAAGCCCCCGAGUACGCCCAGAACCAGGAAGUUUCUCCCAAGUCUGAUGUUUAUUGCCUUGGAAUUAUCAUUCUGGAAAUAAUGACCAGCAAGUUUCCUUCUCAAUAUCUAACCAAUGGCAAGGGUGGCACCGAUGUGGUGCAGUGGGUCUCCUCCGCAGUAGCCGAGAAGAGGGAGGCGGAACUCAUCGACCCUGAGAUUGCAAACGACGCCGCUGACGAACUGGAUCGAAUGGUCCAGCUACUCACAAUCGGCGCGGAUUGCACUCACGCCAGUCCUCAGCAACGGCCGGAUAUGAAGGAAGCCAUUAGGAGAAUAGAAGAGAUUUGAAAACAUCAGACACAGGAAUAUUCAUUAAUUUUAAGUUGCAAAUACCAUUACUUUUUUUUC